AUUGUCUUGAGGAAUUGAUGUGAGUUAAUCUUUAACUGGGCAUUAGUACUUAUCUAUUUAUGGUUUAUUUAAUGCCACUUUCAGUAGUUCAAAUUAUAUACCAUGAAAUGAGAGGAUAAUCAAUGAAUAAUGCAUUAGAACGGAUGUGGAAGGAAGUGGUUGUGGCCUGAUUAAAAAUAUUAUUCUGGCAUGUGGCUGAUGUAAUUUCAUAAUCAAUUCUCGAUUUUUGUCUUAGGGAGCUAUGCAUCUCUUUAUGCAGAUAAUUAUACUGCUGUAAUAUUGAAAACAUGGUGGUAUAUUGUAGCCUAACAACCAUGAAGAAAAAUAACAUUGUAAGUAUGUCAUGCUUCACUUUUACCCAUUUGGCCUUUUUUUUCAUGCAGCCAUAGCUAAAACUUGCUUCCACAUUCUCCUGUCUUUAUAGAGGCUACACAAAGGUGUGAUUGACAGGAAAUGAAUUAUCCAUCAAACAGAUUUGCAUUUAAGCAGGAAGUGAAAGUGACAGUUAUAACCUUGGGUGUUAGAUUGCACCAAAUGUACCAUAAAAAAGUUAAAUUGAAGGUUAAAUUUGAAUAACAAUCAAGGUAGUGUGUGUGUGUGUUUGGGGGGGGGUGUCUUUUGUUGUUUAUAGCCUGAGGAUAUGAAAACAGGAUUUGGCUGACCAGUGAUUAACAUAUUUGUAGCUGAGAGGACCAAUGAAAAAAGGGGAAAAGUGGAACAUGGUUUCCGUGUACAUAUGAGAUGAAUGUUUCUCAAUAUCAUAAGUGAAACUGUGGAGAGAGAGAGCUUCAGUUGAUAUUUGCAGCUGCAGUUAACAAGCAGUUAUAUUUAUACUAUUCAGAAAUAUGGUUCACCUGUCACCUUGUUGGCCAUUUCUGGUGUAUGUAGUGUUGCCUACCUUGUUCAUUGAAGCAAGAAACACAAAACUAGAGGAAGUGUACCAUUGGAACCUAGUGGACUAUGAUUAUCCUGAUGACACUUCACGGAAUAACGCCAUUGAGUCCAAAAAUUUUAUUCCAGAGAACAAUGUACCAUUAGGCCUUGAUGUUUGGAAAGACAAACUGUUUGUUACAGUACCCCGCUGGAAGGCAGGAGUUUCCUCAACACUUAAUUAUAUUUCUCUGAAAGAUAAUAACAGAUCUCCUAAACUGGUGCCAUAUCCUGACUGGAACACUAACAAGUUGCCUGCAAGUAAAAUUGAAAAAGGAAGCUACGCUAAGAAUACAACACAUUUAAUCUCAGUUUUUCGUGUGAGAGUAGAUGCUUGUGACCGCUUGUGGGUGAUGGACACUGGCCUGUCCGAUAUUUUGGAAGAAGCCCAGCAGCUGACAGGUCCUCAGUUCCAUAUCUAUGAUUUGCACACUGAUACUUUGAUUCAUAGUUAUGUAAUAAAUCAAUCUCAUGUAAAGGAAAACUCAUUCUUUGCUAAUAUCAUUGUUGAUGUUGAUCCAAAUAACUGUGAUGGAGCUUUUGCUUACAUCCCUGAUGUUGGUAGUUUCAGUAUCGUAGUUUAUAGUCUUCGAGAUGAUGAGUCUUGGAGGGUCAAACACCCUUACUUCCACAUUGAUCCUUUGAAUGUUAAUUUCAGCGUUGGAGGAAUAAAUUUCCAGUGGACAGAUGGAGUGUUUUCUCUGGCACUUUCUGCUCCACAGGAAGAUGGGUUCAGAACUGCUUACUUCCAUCCUUUUUCUAGCACAAAUGAAUUCUCUGUGUCCACUAAAAUUCUUCAGAAUAAAACCCUUGCAACUGACCCUCACAACUUUGAAGAGUUCAAGUUAUUGGGUUCAAGAGGUCCCAAUACACAGGCAAGUGCCUCAUUCUUGGAUGAACCAAGUGGUGUUGUGUUCUACACACAAGUAAACCUUGAUGGUGUGGGAUGCUGGAAUUCCAAGAAGAAAGAGUACAGUCCUGAAUAUCAACAUCUUGUGGCUUCUGAUAAUGAGACCUUUAUUUUCCCUAAUGAUCUUAAGGUGGAUCGUGAAAGCAACUUGUGGGUGCUGACUGAUCGUUUGCCAAUCUUCAUGUAUAAAAGUCUUGACCCUGAGAGUAUAAAUGUUUACAUUUUCAAAGGCUCAGUUAAGGAGAUCAUUAAGGAUACCAUUUGUGAAAUACGUGAGAAUUGAUUUAUAAUCUGUAGCAUUCAUGUUGGUAUUUCAUGAUAAACGUUCAGUAUUGCAUUUUCCUUCAUUUGAUGAAAACUAGGUAAUAAUAUCAGUUCAUAACUGAUUAAAAUAAGAUAUAUUGUAUUCAUAUUUAACUUUCUAAGGGUAAUUUACAUAUCUUUUUUUUUAAAAAAAAACUUUCUUUACUCACCUUCAGUAUCUUCAUUUUUGCAUUCAAGAACUGAGUAUGUACAUCCACAAUCCUCAGUAAUGCAUACAUUAAUUUUUAACAUUUUUUAUUGUACUAAGCUGUAUAUAUUAUUUCUAACCCAUAUUGCUUACUCCACCUUUUCUUCCCUAACAAACCAGUGAAAUUAAGUAUCUGAGUGACUGACAUUAUAAGUAAUGAUUAUGGUCUUGGUAAUCCAUUGAUGCAAUUCUAUUUAAUGUUCUCUGUUCACUUCAUUAAUUUUUCUUUGUUACUUCAGCCACCAUUGUAUACUUAUCAUCUUGUAACUCAACACAAAUAAAACAUAUCCAUGAGUAUUUUGAUCA